AUGGACGUAGUUUACACAUUCCAGACCGGCGCCUCCUCUUUGCAGGGAGCCCUCAGGAGACAGCCUUCCAUCGUGAGCCAGCACCACGAUGUAAAAAAUGUUUCUAGCCCAACCCAUGUAGCUCUUUCCUCCGUCAAUUCCACUCCCACCACUUCUGCUGUUGCUGCUGCUGCUGCAUCUCCUCCUGCGGGCAAUCAAAGUGGUGAAUGCGUUCCGUAGCUCGCUCUACGAAGGCCUCGAGAAACCCGAAUCCAGAAGCUCCAUCCAUAACUUCAUGACUCACCCAGAGUUCAUCCUGGAGGAAGACGAGCCUCGGACACCAUUCCUUGACGGCGCCGAAGACGAGCCCGAGCCUGAGGGACUCCAAAAGCGAGGUGGGGGCGGCCUGGGGGGCUCCACGGCCCUCAACAGGAACAACAACGCCGUGGACAGCGAGUUCAGCUUCCCCGAGCCCGGGAGCCCCUUCCACAGCCUGGAGACCUCUGUUUGACCUUAGAACUUGGAAUUUCCCCCUCCUCCUCCUCCUCCUCUUCUUCCUCGUCCUCAUCCACCUGGGCCCUGUGUGAUCCCAGCACCAGUAACUGAUCACACUGCUGCGGUCAAACUGCUCAUGCCUGUAUCUUCAUUGAGGGGUUUUUUGGGGGUUUCAUGUGGUUUUUUUUCCUUUUUUGGGUCAGUUCCGUGGGGUUUUUUAACCGUAAUUAACAAGGGGAAACAAAAGAACAACAAACCGGGGGGUGGGAAAAAAGGUAAACCAAAAAAAAAAAACAAAAAAACAAAAAAAAAAGAAAACAAACCAAUUGUGCAUCUCCAUCCCUGAUUUUCCGUGGUACUCACCCAGGGGAAGCUGCCAGGUUCUUUCCUCUCCAAGAGUUGGGUUUUUCACUUGGGGUUUUCACUUUGGAGAAAUGCAUGUUCCAAGGAAAUUCAAAUUGUUGUAGUCUUACACUCCCUCAGCCUCAAGGCUGGGGGUGCACUUGUGACUUGAUUUUAUUUUUCUUGUGUUUUUGGAUUUUUUUUUUUCACAUGUGGUUUUUAGGGGUUUUUUCCUUCUGAUGUUGGGGUUUGCUCUUUGCUUGUGGGAUUUGCCCCCCUACCCAAUGGGAAGUGGGGAGGGGGAGUCACUGCUCCAGUGCAGAAAUUAAGGAAUAAACUAAAAAAUCCCAGCCAGGGGAAGGUGUUUACUGCAAGGUUCAGAGAUCCAGGGUUCCCACCAGUCUUCCACCUUUGAAAAAUGGUACCUGGGCUUCUUCCAGCUCCCCCUCCGUGUGUGCCCACACGUUUUCCUCUCUCUGUUUCCACACUGGGAGAUGAGAAAUGAAGGGAUAAAUUCUGAUUUUCCUGCAAAGGUGGAGGUGAAACUGCCAGGGAAAAAGUGGGGAGAACCCCCAGGUUGUGAGGGAUGCAGCUUCUUCCCAAGGAAUUCUCUAGGAAUUCUCUUCUCCUCCUCCAGGAGAGGCCUCUCUGCUGCGCUUGGUCAGGGGGGAAACUCCUGGAGGAUUUUUGCAGCUCUCCCAGCUCCUGCCCUCAGAGCAGAGGGAUUUUUGCCCUUUUUUCUGUGUUUUUGGGGUCCAGCACCCCUCAGCCUCACAGGGAUCUGGGAGGAGGCUCCAGCCAUGCCCAAAAGCCAUGGGAGGAUGAGUGGGGAUCUCCUGAAUCCUGGGAAGGAUCACCCCAGCUGUCCCACGGCCCAGUGGAAGGCAGGGAUGUCCUUGGAUGAUCCCACAUUUUCCUGCAGUUUGGUUUGGGUUGCUGCAGGUCUCCCUGAGGAGGAGCAUUUUGAUAUUUUUUUUAAUACCUCAGACCUGUUGAAAAAAAAUAAAAAAAAAAAAAGGACUCAAACCAACAACAACUUCAAGCCAAUUUUGGAGGCUCUCAAAGUCACUCCCAGAAAUCUGUGACUGGCAGGGUUUGCCACAAAGGGUCUGGUCGUUCCUUUAGUUUGUUUUUCCUCUAUUUUUGUCGUUCUAGUUUCCAUUUUAGGAGUUGGGGGGGGGGAGGGAGAAAUAAUGCUCUAUAAAUAUUAUGCAAAAAAAGAAAAAAAAGAAAAAAAAAAGAAAAAGAAAAAAAAUCUAGUUUUCUUUAGCUCAGAAACUGAUAUUUUUACGUCAGCCAUAUGUAUUUUGUUUAAAGAAAAAAAAGAAAAUAAAGAGAUCUCGAGUCCCCGCCGCUGCUUGAGGGCAGUUGCAAGGGACACUUUAAUUAAUUCCGUGGAUUAAUUAAUUCAGCCAUCGGAUGCCAGUCAGCUUCCUUUUCUCUGAGCAGCCAUCUUUCUACUAGCCGUGAGUUGGAUGACACAAAUGGGGUUUUUUUAUAUAUAUAUAAAUAUCUAUAAAUUAUGUUGGUGUAUGGCUGGUUGCUUCAAGUAUAAAUGUUUCUUGUGCAGAUUUCCUGUAAAGUUUUGUUUUUUCGGGUUAAGUUUCAGUGAUAUCCUGGCAGCAGCUGACUCUUGGCUUAAGUUAUUGAGGACAUUACACAAAAAAAAAAAAGAAAAAAAGAGAUUUGGGGGAGAUUGGUGCUCCAAAAACAAAGGCAUGGUCGGCGGCACGGACUUUUGGGGACUUUCUGCAACAUGCCUUGACUAGGGGGAGAUAUAAAUAUCCAUAUAAAUAUAUAUUAUUAUGAAUAAUUUCUGGGGUUUUUUUGCUUUGUUUGAACUGCCACGAGUGCGCGCGGAGCAGGGGAGGGCCGGCAGGAAGCAGAGCCACCCCCUCCCUCCUCCUUGUGAUCAACUUGCCUUGGAAUGCUUUGUUAUUAAAACACUCUGAACAUC